UUGGCAUGAGAAUAUAUUUUCGAUUUGUUCUCAGCUCUUAUAUCUCUCAGAGUCCAACAUGUGUCGUCACUCAUAGCUCGAAACGAUAAUAACGAACUAAAUCUGUAUAAAAAAGUAUAUGUUUAAAUAAUCGACAGUUAAGAUGAGCGUCUCACUGCCAAGAAGAAUAUGGAGGGUGUUCAAGAGCCUCGGUGUCGUUGGAUGGAGCAAGAAAAAGAACAUCUUAGGAGUGAACCCUAUAUUCAUAUCAACCGCAUUUAUUAUCCUAACUCUGGGCUUGGCCAGUUUGCUCAGAAAAGCUGCAAAAAAAUCAUUGAGUGAUAAUCUCUUCAAAAUACUGGUGCUGGAAUUCAUUGCCACAUUAGAACUGUGCGCCUCUUGCUUCGAAUUAAUUAUAGUUGCAGACAAUUGGGGCAUUGAAGCGUACGCUCUGUACCUCUUCCUAUUGACCAUUUGGUGGUCGAGUUGCUGGGAGGAAUCAUCAGCAUGUCCCUAUAUGCCUUUAGAAGAAUUAUUGGAAGGCACUAAGAAUUUUUCCACGGUGGGUUUGAUAAUUUUGUCUCAAGUACUUGGUGGAUUGGUCACUUUCCGAUAUGUCCAAUUAUUUUGGGCUACAGAAUUGGUGGAGACGCACAGAGGAAAGGCAUUUGAAGAUUGCGCUGCAGAUUUACAGGUAGACAUGUUGACUGGAGCAAUAAUAGAGGCAGUGGGAACAGCUAUGUGUCGAAUUACAUCAAGAACUUUGAGCGAGGCCAAUGCAAAGUUUAUAGGAGUUCUCGACGCAUUUUUUGCAACUAUGAUGGUCGUAAUAGCUUUUAAUUAUUCUGGUGGUUAUUUUAAUCCGGCCUUGGCAACUUCUUUGAAACUAGGCUGCGAAGGCAACACGUUCGUAGAACACAUGGUGGUAUACUGGAUUGGUGCCACUUUGGGAUCAGUCAUUUCCGUCCUUAUGUUUAGAAAUAAAACCUUGCAGAACUACUUUACGUCCAUACCCGAAAAAAUUGAAUGAUUAUUUUGUGAUAAUAAACUUUAUUUGUUAUGUUA